UGAACAAAUGUUGGAAACACGUCGGCCGCGUGUUGAUCAAACGGUUGGAAACAUAAAACGGUGAUGCUCCAACGGUUGGCCACAGCAUUUGUCGUCGUUCCAAUGCUGGUCCGGCGCGGCGACCGAGUAGAAAACUUGAUGAAAUUUUCCCACAUUUUUUCUGUUGGAGGAGCAAGAGGAGGAGCAAGAGGAGGAGCAAGAGGAGGAGGAGGAAAGGUGACGAGGAGGAGGGGGAGGAGGAGGACCAAGACGAGGUGGAAAAGGAAGAGGAGAAAGAGGAGGACGACUCAGAAGAGGCGGAGGACGAGGAGAGGAGUAGGGAGGAAGCAAACAGGGAGAAGGAGCAGAAAUGGGGGGAAGCGAAGGGGGGGGGCAAGUCAGGGGAGUGGGAGGCCAACUGUGUCUCGGGGAAGGGGUAGAGGAGGAGGAAGAAGAGGAGGAGGAGGGGGAGGAGGAGGGGGAGGAGGAGGAGGAGGAGGAGGAANGAGGAGGAACAGAAGGAGGAGGAAUGAUGAUGAUGAUGAUAAGGAGGAGGCGGAGGUGGAGGUGGAGGAGGAGGAGGAGGAAGAAGAUGUAGAAGAUGAGGAGGAGGAGGAGGAGGAGGAGGAGGAGGAUGGGGAAGAAGAAGAUGUACAAGACGAGGAGGAGGAGGGGGAGGAGGAGAAGGAGGACGAGGACGAGAAGGAGAAGGAGAAGGAGAGAGAGCAGGACAAUGCAGAAGAGGUGGAGGACGAGGAGGAAGGAUGACGAGGAGGAGGAGCAGGAGGACAAGAAGAAGAAGAUGUAGAAGACGAGGAGGAGGAGGAGGAAGAGGAGAUGAUGAUGACGAGGAGGAAGAGGAGGACGACCAAGAAGGGGAGGAGGAAAAGGAGGAGGAGAGAGAGGUGGACGACGCAAAAGAGGCGGAGGACAAGGAGAGGAGGACGGAGGAGGCAGACAGGGAGGAAGGGGGCAAUGGGGUCUCCUUGUCUAACAGGUCGUUAUACCAGGAAGGGGGGGGGGAUAAAUGACCGUUAACCAU